AAAAGCGUCUUCAUUCUAUAGAAGAAGACAGUCUAGGUGUUAAGUCUUCCGAAGACAUCCGGCGUAUAACUCAUUCACUGACGACAGAGAGAGAGCGUGCAGCGAUCUCCUGGUAUAUUUUAAGUGAAAAAAGAGCAUCUCCUCCAAGAGAAAAAGAGAGAAAGAGGGAGGGAGAGAGAGAGAGAGAGAGAGAGAGAGAGAAAGAGAGAGAGAGAGACGCAUUUCGUUUCUAUAUUUUGACGUUUCUGACAUUUUUGAAUUCAACGAAUAAAACAAACUUCGUCGCGUUUACGUUCCCGCGAAUAUUCCUGCAAACAGCCUGCUGUGGAGCUCUGCUGCGCGAGAACUUGUCAGCAGAGUCUCAGCGGAAGAAACCGAACAUUCGCGUUUCGCGUCAUUUGAAUCCCGUACGCCGUCGCUUCACGCCGCUUCACGCUGCCUCACGCCGUUUACACUGUUUACAGUAUAGUGUUUAAGCGUUAUUUCGCCAACGUGCACGUGAAGAGGAUUCGUCACAUCGAGGACUCGUCGCAUCGCGAUAAGGGCAAACGCGUCCACGCAAAAGUACACCCCCACAGAUCCUGUAGCAUCCAAUACACGUAUUGCAAGCGGCAAGGCGCAACAAAUUUGGUAUCAUCUCCGAGAAUUUUGUGUGUGUCUACGUAUAAAUGGAAAUGUCGAGUCCGAAAGUAAAAACGAGUUACCGCAACGUGCGAAUAUUCUUCAUCGUCAUCCUCGUCGUUACGCUGUGCUAUCCGGCUGUUAUCGAUACGGCGGCGGUGGUUCGUUCCGAGAAACUGUUGCAGCGAAUACUGUUGCGAGACUCUAACGCAAGGAUUCCACGAGCCACGGAAAACAAUGACGAAGACGAUGCGUCAAAACGAAUUUGUCAUAACGCACCCUGCGGAUGGUCGGUCUACAGUCCAUAUACGCGUAACGUCGAUUAUUUUAUGAAAAACACAUACUUAAUGACUGACGCUAUGCAAAAACUCAUUGUGUUUAGAUCUUGAUCUUGACGUUUAGAUCUUGAUCUCGACAUGCAGCUGAGACCAUAUUUUUUAAUACAAGUAUCAACGUCCCAAUAAACGUGUUUAAGAAUUAAGAAAUAGGAUAAGUAUUUCAGUUUGUUUCACUCACAUCACGCGAUAUUUCAUUUAUGUGAAAUACAGGAAAUGUAAGUUAUUUUUAUAACAAUUAAAUAUCAAUAAAUCAACGAUUGAUCAUUAUUGUACAAUUAUACAUACUGUCUAAUUUUAUCACUUUUAAUACAAUAAAACAAAAUUGCAAGAUCUUUGUGACUUUUCGAGUUACGUACCUAUUUUUACUCUCCUCGAGUAUCAUAUCGUGUAUUCUUGCAAAAUAUAUGUAUAUAGGUUGGAAUCAAAGUGCUUUGAAAAGUGUUAUUAUGAGCAUAAAAUAGAAACUUUUUUACAACUUCAUACACACAUACGCGCGCGCGCGCACGCACGCACGCACGCGCACACAGACACACACGCACGUAUAAGCUAUAGAAAAAAUUGUAGAAAGAGAAUAGCUUUUUAAUAUUUAUAGUUUAUUAAUAAUUUGUGUGCAAAAUAUAUCAACAUUAAAUUAUUAUCUCGAGUAGUAAAAUUGCUUGUACAUUUAUUUUUCAUAUACAUGCUUAAAAAAAAUUAGCAACUUUUUUUGUAAAAUACGGUAAUAUAUAAGUCAGAAGUAAUCAAACAUCGGGAAGACUUUUCAUUUCAUUCUCUACUUUCUUUCUCAUUUGGUAUUGACAAAUUAAUUUUAAUCGGCUAAAGAAAUGAUAUAGAAAGGAAAAAAUAAACAGAGAUGUUUAUUUGGUUCAAGUUAAGCGAUAAUUUCGGAAUACGCAAUAGACGAAUGCGCUACGGCAUCCGUAAUAUUUUAAUUUCUACUAAUUUUAAUAAUUGAAGUAACUUAACUUAUUAAACUUAUUAGAUCAUCAUAUCGUAAAUCAUCUUCAAGUAAAUAGUCAAUUUAGAUUGAAUAUUUCAUCAUCCAUCUUUCCACACACACACACACACACGCGCGCGCGCGCGCGCAUACACAUUUUCUGCUUUUUUAUUUUUUCCUUUCUCCUUAUUUAUCUUCCCUUCUCUUUCUCUUUUUUCUUCUCCAUUUAUUUCGUUCACGAGGAAAUAUUUCAAUAAAUAUACAACCAUAGUAUCAUAUUACGAAAAUUACGCGAUUUGCAUAAUAUACGACUUUCCAUUAUGUUAUAAUUAAAUAUUUAUUUUAUAUUCUUUUUUGACUAUCUUAUCUUUUACGAUUUCUAUCGACGGCAUAAUAUAUAUUUACUGUACAGAUGCGCGUUCCGAGAGUUGACAAAAACAUGAUAAAUGAACGGGACAGAUGUCGCAUCUUCUAUUGUUUAUCACGGCAUUUGUAUAAGGGACAUGAUCAUUUAAUUCCCAAAUAUAAACUAUGAACUGUUCUAGAAUUUUAUUAAAAAAAA